UUGGCGCCUUCUUGCGGCCUCUGUCACGAUUGGUCAUCAACUCUUCCUUGCAAGGACGAACAGAUCUGUAGUGGGGCACAAAGCGAGGCAUAGGCGAAAAAGAGAUAUAGUAGCCACUAUACAUAUGGAUCCCUCCAGUUCGUUUGAAGGUCACGCAUCUAAUAAUGUUAAUCAGGCUAUGCAAACAGAUACCAUAACUUACAUGGAUCUCAAUUUCUAUGAAGCUGCAGUAGAAGGCAAGAGCGAGACCUUCAAAGAUUUCAAGGAAUCUCUUCAGCAAAUACUAAGCCCAAAUAGAAACACGGUCCUCCAUGUUCACCUCGCAACACAAACUGCACAACUAAAAUUAUCACCCUUCAAACAAAUUGUGAACAUAAUGAUGGGGUGUACUUAUUCUGCAGAAAGAUCAAAAUCAUCGUCAACCAAUUUUGUGGGAGAAAUUCUUGACAUGUGUCCGUCACUGUUAUUGCAAGCUAAUUCCAAAUCUGAAACUCCAUUGCACAUAGCAGCAAGGUACGGUCAUGCUGGCAUAGUGACGGAAUUAAUUGAACGAGCAAAAUCUUCCCAUCAAGACCCCGAAAAUGGAAUUAUAUCAGUCAGGGAAAUGCUUGGAAUGAUUAAUGUAGUAAAAGACACGGCAUUGCACGAGGCAGUACGUUAUAAUCACCAUGAGGUGGUGCAACUGUUAAUAACAGAGGACCCGGAUUUUUCAUAUUCUGCAAAUGAUGCUGGUGAGACUCCGCUUUACAUGGCCGCCGAGAGGAAGUUUCCAGAAUUAGUGUCCGAAAUUUUAGACACUUGCUCUUCACCAACUUAUGGUGGUCCACUUGGUAGAACAGUUUUGCAUGCUGCAAUAAUUUGGGACGAUGAAGGAAUGACCCGAACAAUUUUGGACAACACAACUCUCCGAGUUCUAACUAAACAAGCAGACGAACAAGGUCUGACUCCACUUCACUUGGCUGCAUCCUUCGGUUCUCUUUGUACAACAGAGCUAUUGUUGACAGCUGAUAGGCAUGGAGCAUACAUGAAAGAUAAACAAGGCAGAACAGCUCUUCACAUUGCAGCUUAUUGUGGCCAUUAUGCAAUAAUGGAGAAGAUUUUAUCAAGUUGUCCGGAUUGUUCUGAACUAGUUGAUGAUGAGAGAGGUUGGAAUGCACUCCAUUUUGCCGUGAACUCAUUUUAUCCUCGGGGUGUAGUAAGUAUCAUCCUAGAAAAAUCGCGUUUUAGAAGCCUUUGGAAUGAGAAGGAUGCCGAUGGAAACACAGCUCUCCAUCACCAUUCUAAUUCUUCCAAGUUCGUACCGAAACUUAUAAUGAAUGACCCGAGACUAGAUAAGUUGGCCUUCAAUAAACAAAAUCUCGACCCUUUCGACGUUGCUUUAACCAAUGAAGAAAUAGGAGUUGUAAAGUUUUUGUACCUUCGGAAACUUGGAUUUUGGAAACUGAGUCGAUCAAAGCGUGCAUUUCGGAGAGUGGUCAAGGUCGAAGGGAAGGACACGAUUGUGAAGAAAGAUGAUAUCAUCGAAGAAAAGUUUAUGUCUAAGGUGGAGAAAGCAGCCGAAGCCCAUUUAAUUGUGGCCGCACUCAUUGCAACUGUGACCUUUACAGCAGGAAUAACCGUGCCUGGAGGUUUUGUAAGUGAAAAAGGCGCAGACCAAGGCUUUGCAAUUCUGAGGACAAAUGUUGCUUUCAAAGCAUUCCUUAUUUCAAAUAGCAUAGCCAUGGUGCUAUCUACCAUUUCUGCCUUCAUCCAGCUAUUCGUGCCAAUAUGGUUUGACCAAUAUUUUACUUUUUCAGGCGGCACUUCUUUCUUAGCGGCCUUUAACCUAACCAUUUUGGCCUUGGGAGCAAUGAUGCUGGCAUUUUUCACGGGCAUAUUUGCUGUGUUAGGGAUUGCCGAUAGUAUUCUUAUUCCCACUAUUAUAACCUCCUUAUGCCUCUGCCUCCCCUUACUUCUCAUACCAGGAUUAGCAACCUCUUUAAUGAUCCAUAUUUACCUUUUGUAUGUGAUGGCUUUGGACUCUUUCAGACAAUAUUUGGUCUUAUGGGAGGACGACGUCAUUUGUCGUGUUUUGUUCAAGUGGUCCACCCAAUUAAAAAAAAAAAAAUUGACCGAGGAUCCUAAUUAGAAAAACAAAACCAAACCAUUUGGAAACCAGAUACUGUUUGUAAUCCCAAAUUCAUUUUGCCACUUUUUACUUAAAGCUUCUCUCUUUUAAACCAUGUUGAAUCCUAAUCCAAAAGCACUGCUGGAAGUCUUUUCUCUUUUCCUGUACACCAUCACUAAAGUGGUUGCCCAAACACCACCUGUUAUGUCCACACAACUGCUACUGGACGCUGCUGUACGUUGAAGCAUCUAGUUGUGAAUUAUCAUCAAAUGCUAUCUGUCAUUUCUUAUCAGUUUGAGUUUUUGAAUAAUGUGAGAAAUUAUCCUUAUCAAUUUGGAAGUGUUUGAGUGAUAUAUAGUUAAUAAGCACUGUGCUUAUAUUUAUCUAUC